GGGACGGCGGGAGGCGACGUGGUACUUAAAGGGCCAGCGCCGUGUUGGCGGCCGUUCCUUGGUUGGGGGCAGGGGCUCCCCGGGGUCCUCCUCGCCCCCGCCGAGCCGGCCCGGCCCGGCCCAGCCCGGGGAACCCUCGCCUCAAACCGCGGCGGCAGCUGCCUCCUCUCUCCGCACCUGCCCCGGCCCGGGGCGGGGGGGGAGGAGGAGGCGGGGAAGGGGGCUGCCGGCGGCAGUUGGCCGCCCGUAGCCCCCGUGCCGGCGCCCUGGGGUGGGGCGGUGACCCCCGGGCCCUGGCCGCCGCCCCCGUGGCGGCGCGGUCCGGCGGAGCCCGGCCCGGCCCCGGGAGAGCGGGGGCUGGCGCCUCCCCGGCCGUGCCCCGCCGCCUCCCCCGCAUUCAUAGAAAGCAGGUCGUGCGGGCGGCGGCCGUCGGGGCAGUGCGCGGCCCCGGCCCGAGGUGGUGCCUUCCUCUUUAUUUUUUUUUUUUUUUCCCCCUUUAUUUUUGGUGUGACCUCAUUGUCUCUUGGCUCGGUUACGAGCAGAGGCUUCUUGACACCUAGACCGAGGCGUCCUGAGUGUUUAGACAGCCGCAAUUAGGAGCUGAAACUUGACGUUGCCCAGAGGCCCCGCUUAUGAUGUGUGUAAACAAUAGUAAAUCAAGCGCUGGUUUUAUCCUGAAAUAUUGCCUCAAUUAGCCACAUGUCCCGGGUCUCCGUGGGGUAGUCGAUAGCUUUCCCUCAUUCCCACAACACCAGCUGCACGGCCCAGAGUUCAUCAGUUAACAAUAUAAGUUGAUAACGUGUCUGUCUGAUACUUUUCUGUAUGGCUUAUCGCUGCCUUUUUUUUAUUAUUUCUUAAAUAUUUUCUGUUGCCCUAAAUGGGAACGUAUGAUGUAAUUUUGGAGACAUAGUCACGGUUUGGGGUUUGUUUGGGUUUUGAAGGUGUUUUUUUUGUUGUGUUUGUUUUUUUUUUUCUAAUCUGCUGCAGUUUGUGACCCCUUUUUGUCAGUUACAUGCAAGUAAAUGUCUAGUACGGGUUUAGGAGGGAGGAUGAGAUUCUAGAUCUGGUACGUUACCAUUAUGAGUGAAUUUUUAUGCCAUGCAAUGAAUUACAGGGGGUUUGUUUGUUGGCUUUUUGGUUUGGGGUGGGGUGUUUUGUUUUGGGUUUUUGUUGGGGUUUUUUUUUUUGUUACAUGCGGUUAAGAGCUGUCCAGGCAAGAUUCAUUUUUGUCCUUGCCCCUAUUUGGAAUAUGAUGUGUGCAUUCCAUUAAACAGAUGACAGGAAUAGGGAGCGUGGACAACAUGUUCUGCUCAGUGGAUGCUGGAAAACACUUGAGCCAGUAUCCUAUGGAGGAUAGCAGGAGGGUGUAAAUCAGUUGCAAUGUAUGCUAAAUGUCUCAUCUAGUUGUUUGGGUUUUUUUUUUUUUAAAGCUGAGGAAUUGUUUCUUGGUCUUUACAAAACCAAGCACAUGUAGCUAGUUCGUAAUACUGUUCAUGAUUCAUGAGCAUGCUCUGCACAAAGUUUUACCAGCGUAGACUGUUGAUGAGUGGAGUUGUAACAACUAGAGCUUAAGAAAAUUGUGCACCUUGCUAUUGUCCGUGCUGCGAAUACACUUACAGGUUGUUCCCAAUCCUCUAUGAGAUAUAAACUGUUUAUGGUCUGCCUGUGCUAUAGGGUUAUAUUCCUUUAGUCAUAUAUGUUAAAGUGAUACCGCUUCUGCAGCUGGGUAAGCACUGAAGUCUUGUUUAAGAAUGAGUCCUGCUUAGUCCUUGUUAGCUGCAUGUACAAAUUUUAUGGAUUAUACUGAACCAGGAAACAAUUUGUUACGAUUGUGUCAGAAAUCUUGCAAUGUAUUUCCAGACCUUAUCAUUGCAAGAGUAUCAAGCAACAGCAAAUGCAUUUUGAGUGCAUUUUCUAAAUAGUUGUGUAAAAUAAAAUUGCAGAAUUAUCCUUUUCUGGGUCCAUGUGUAGCUAUAUGUAAUUGUUACAUUUAAGUUUUAAAAACCUUGUGAAGAACAACACCCAAAACACUUCACACUUAUUCAGUCUGAAGAAACAGUUUCACACUUCUUGGUAUGUCAUUGUUUUUAAUCUAUCCAAAAUAAAUAAUUCUGAGGGGUUUUUAAUGUAUGUUCUAUCUUCAGAUUAUUUUAUGAAGUGUAUAGUGUAUUUUUACUGUUGACUGUUACCACUGUACAUAUUUUCUUGUCAUCUUAUGAUUAAAGUAUUCACAGGACAACUUUAGUGUAGGUUUCACUGUUUUCUUAAUGCAAGCUUCAGUGAAGCAGUGAAAGGUGUAGCUCCAUUUACUUCAUUUACAGGGUAAGAUAGGUAGUUUAGGGGCUGUUGGACUGCACUGAGGCUUUGAAGACUGGUGCUGUUCAUUCUUAUUGAUCUCCUGAGUGAUCUUGAGGCAUGCGGUUUUUUUAUCUGUGCCUGUGUAUACUUCUCUACUAAUACCUGUCUCGUAUCUGAAGUGGGUCUUAUUAUGAAGUUAGUGCUUUGCUUAACUGGAAUUUAACUUGUUACUGUUUCCUGUGUGCUGAUAGGAAAACUGAGUAUUCUUCAAAUUUCGUGUACGUUGUUGUUACAGUUGUUUGGGGUUUUAUUUUGUUUGGAAAUUUCACUCUGGAAUGUAAAAAGUUAGUCCAGUAUUAAAUAACUUACAGCCUUGAUUUGUACUCUUUCUUAAUCUAGGUAUAAUUUUAAAAAUUCGGAUUAUCUUCUGAAUAUAAAAAUAACAUUUUGAAACUUAGUCCUUGUGGUCUCCCAUUAGUGCAACUGAAAGUUUAGAAUGAAUUAAAUAUAUGUGUCUGUUCCAAAUACUGCAGUCUUAUAAAAUGGAUACGUCCUCUAGAAGCUGUACUCUCUUCAGAAUUUUGCUUUCCAACUAUAUUUUUCUCAUACCUUUCCCUGUACUGUAAAUGCAGUGCUGUGAUAAAGUCAUAAUAAUUCUGAUCGCUACCACAGCAAGUUUAGAAGUGUUUAGGAACAAUUCAAUUUCCUGGAAGAGAAUAACUCUAUUGCUGUUUCUAAGCCCUGUAUUAACAGCCAAGGGUGAAUGAUCCAUAGAACCACUGCUGUCAUAGUGGAACUACUUGUUCUAAUGGCUCUGUUAAUGUCCUGAAUGGACAGAUGUAGUCCAAAUUGUAUUUCAGAAUAUUAUGUAGUGGCCUGGGAGCCAAAUGUUACCUCUGCAAAACUGGCACACAUGUGAAAGCUUACAAUAAAGCAGUUUAAUAUUUUUAUUUUGGUGUAAAUAAGACUGAAUUUCUUUGUGUGUGUGUGUGUGUGACAUCUAAAAUUCCACAAAUGUUACUUCUCUUGCAGCAGCAGCUGGUUGCUUCAGUCUCACUUGUUAAAAGAGUCUGUAGGUUUACAAAUGAUAUGUCUCUGGGGGGGGUUAUUUUACCACAGCUCAAUGCUGUGCAAAAUGUAAAACAACUUAUUGCUCUUCUAAGCAAGAGGAUUCCAAGAGCAAGGGGAAAAAAAAGCUGCUGAUAGAGUUCUUUGCUUUGCUUGCUUGCUGCCAGAUGUUACCAAAGUGUUUUACCCAGGCCAUUACAGCUCUCCCGAAGAUAACCGAAUGCUGAAGCAUUCGCGUUUGUUAGCAGUUCUUCACUUUGUUCGAUAAGAUUGUUUCGUGUAGUAACUGUAGAACGCAGGUGUCGCCAAAUGGAACUAGGAGUGGGGUAGAAAUAAAAUGACGACACCAAGAAUCUGGAAAUACCAAACUUCGUUGUUAGUGGAGCACUGGCAUGCUUUUAUGAAGCUGGUGAAGGGCAGUAACUUGGUUCCCCUGCCAGCAGUGUGGGGAUACCAAGUUGUGUAUGUUACUGACAGCCAAAAAGGAAGUUGGCGUUAGAAAUGGAAAGAAAACUUGGGUCUGCUUGUCAUCGCAUGUUUGCUUAUCAUCCUUCAUAUGAACAGGCUUGUUUGUUUUUAAUAUAGCAACUACUCGAGGCCAUGUUCUCAUUUUUUUCUACGUAUGUGUAUAAAAGAGCUAUUUGCUGUUAAACAGGAAGGCCAUUUAAGUACUUCGACAGUCAAAAGGUGAUUUUUGAAAAUGGGAGCUGACUGAUAAUCAUGUGCUGUCCUUUAGUCUGCUAUACCUAUGGGUCUGUAACUGUCAGCUUCUGCAGCUGAUGGUAAAUUCAGGCAGAAAAGUAGAAUAUGGUAGCUUACUGCUGGUGUACUGAAAGAGGGAUCCAUUUUUUUAAAUCACCAAAUUCCAGUUUAUAUGUGAGCUUUCGGAAUUGCCUGUGGUUUUUUCCUUGAGGACAGAGGAAGCUAGGAAAUGUGGCUAUACUUCACAUCCUGCUUAGCUUGUUUUUUCACAUUACAUAGCAAACAAAACAAAGGGAAAAGGAUAUUAUAAUCCUUAUUACUGAAAAUUAAAGUCCAAGUCUUUUAUAUUCAAAGGAAACAGAGGCGAUUAUGAAACAGAAAUUGGAGCAUUGCACAUGUUGAACAUGCCUGGAGAAUAUGCGAACGAAAACGUGUGUGCUAUGUUGAUGUGUGUUAUAACUAAAGAACUUGAACUUCCAGGCCAGCCUAUGAUCACUUAACUUAUAUGUGUUUGAGCACAUCUGUAUGUGUUCUAGGCCAUGAUAGUAGCGAUGACAGGGCUACAGUUACCUGGUUAUUUUUUUAUUUUGAGAUGUUGUUUUCAGUAGCUUACUUCUUAGUCAUACUGAAAUUUGCCGUGAUGAGUAUGUUUCAGCAGGAUUAUUCUGGAAACUUUAAGCUAAGAUGACUCAGCAUUUUGAAAAUGACUUUAAGAGAAAGUAAAUAUGUUAAUUUAAAGGAGGGGAAAAUGCUUGUUUGGCUUAUUUUAAGAGCUUAUCGAUGCUUAAAUUCUGGAAUUUAGCGUUGCGGAGGAGGGAGGGGAAGGGAGCAUAAACAUUCAAAUGGAGAGUAUGGCUGUUCCUUAGGAAACUUCAACAAACCAUAAGCACUUGGAAAAAAAACCUGUUUUGUGCAUGUUACUCGACAAAUAUUUAUUAACUAAACUAUCUUGAAUAUUCCAUGUAACACAAGUAUCUUCCUGUCUCUUGGUCCUUGCAUGUCACCUGACUGUGCAGUCAUCAUCUGGACCAAGUAGUUAAGCAUGGUGCAUCCCACAGCAGUAGGUGAUGGAACGGAGGAGAGCAACCUGAGGACUUCCUUCUGCAAUGCCAAGAGUUACCUGGAGGCAGGAUUCUUAAGCAUACUGAGGUUUCUGUCCUCUACGUUGUAAAUCAGUGGGAUUUACUCUGCUGGAAAAAUAUAAUGUUGUCUUCAACCCAUUGAAGGAAAAGGAAGAUUUGUUCAUACUUACGAUGAUUUGACAUAAUUAACGUUUUAUUAACCAUGAUGGCAACACAGACAUUAAGCAUAGACAACUAUCAAGAUGGACAACAGAUGCAAGUAGUAACAGAGUUAAAAACUGAACAAGAUCCCAACUGCUCUGAAACUGAUGCAGAAGGGCUGAGUCCUGCCCCUGUAGAAUCUCAAACUCCAAUGGAUGCAGACAAGCAGGCCAUUUACAGGCACCCACUAUUUCCCUUGUUAGCACUACUAUUUGAAAAAUGUGAACAAUCUACACAAGGCUCAGAAGGUACAACUUCUGCUAGUUUUGAUGUAGAUAUUGAAAAUUUUGUAAGGAAGCAGGAGAAAGAAGGAAAACCCUUUUUCUGUGAGGAUCCAGAAACUGAUAAUUUGAUGGUAAAAGCAAUCCAGGUUCUGCGUAUCCACCUGCUUGAGCUAGAAAAGGUUAAUGAACUCUGUAAGGAUUUCUGUAGUCGUUACAUUGCCUGCCUAAAGACAAAAAUGAACAGUGAAACUCUAUUAAGUGGAGAGCCUGGAAGUCCUUACUCACCUGUGCAAUCUCAGCAAAUUCCAAGUGCCAUUGCAGGCACACUCAGUCCCCAAGGGAUUAUGGUGCCAGCAUCAGCAUUGCAGCAGGGAAAUGUAACUAUGGCAACAGUAGCAGGGGGGACAGUGUAUCAGCCAGUCACUGUGGUCACUCCACAAGGUCAAGUUGUGACACAAGCAUUGUCACCUGGGACUAUUCGUAUCCAGAACUCUCAGCUUCAGUUGCAAUUAAACCAAGAUCUAGGCAUCUUGCAUCAAGAUGAUGGCUCAUCAAAAAAUAAAAGAGGAGUUCUUCCCAAGCACGCUACGAAUGUGAUGAGAUCUUGGCUUUUUCAGCACAUAGGGCAUCCAUAUCCAACAGAGGAUGAGAAGAAACAGAUUGCAGCACAAACAAAUCUGACACUACUCCAGGUUAACAAUUGGUUUAUCAAUGCUAGAAGGCGAAUUCUUCAGCCAAUGCUGGAUUCCAGUUGUUCUGAAACUCCAAAAACAAAGAAGAAAACAGCUCAGAACCGACCGGUUCAGAGGUUCUGGCCUGACUCCAUUGCCUCAGGAGUUGCUCAGCAGCAAUCUAAUGAGCUCACGAUGUCAGAUGGUGCUGUUGUAACAAUUACAGCUCCAGUCAACAUGAAUGUAGACAGUCUCCAGUCUUUGUCAUCUGAUGGUGCUACUUUGGCUGUUCAGCAAGUUAUGAUGGCAGGGCAAAGUGAGGAUGAGUCUGUAGACAGCGGUGAAGAUGAUGGAGCAGAUCUGUCAACAACAAAUAUCAGUGGGCUGGUCUUGGAUAACAGCGAUUCUCUGCAGUAGGAAGCAGGAGAGUGUGACAAAAUGUUUAGGAAAAAGAAAGGACUGACUGACUGUUUUUAUAGUUUGCACAGCAAACAUUUUACACAAGUUUUAUUUCUAAUAUGUUUUAUAUGUAGAUAUAGAAGGGUGCACUUUUUUGUAUUUCAUAGUAAGCUUAAAGAGUGUUUUUGCAGGUGCAGCAACUUCUUUCAAAUGUGUUUUUUCAUUUCUUUUCCUUUUCUUACUUCAGAAAAUUAUAUCUAGUAAUAUAAAGAACCACAUAAGCACCCCUUUGGUCUAUGAAUUGGAAGUGCUGCAAUUUCUAAAGAAUUAUGCAGUUUCAAUUAGUGCUGUUAUUUAACACAGCUCUUGAUGGGCAGGUGAUGUAAAUUUAAAGCAUGUGACACUAGUGUGUGGAACUUGAUCAUUAAGUUAGAUGCAUAUAUUUGAAAGAUGCUUCUGCACCUUAAAAACUGCUAGUCUGAGGUGGACAGCAACACACAUAAAAAGAAAAUGUUGACGUGUGAUUCAGUAGCGAAUGUAUGGCAAUUUAAAUAAGUUUUUAGUUUCUCUCAUAGUCCGUGAGCCUGUUUAUCAUUUGCUAUAAAAACUCCUAUUUUUACCUUGCCGGGGUUAUUGGAUAAAAAAUAUUUUUAUAAAUUCACUAGGAAUUGGGAUGACGACUGUAUUAAGCAGGAGGAAAAAAAAAAAAGAAUUUCCAGAGGGGAAAAAUAAAUGUUUAGUAUUCCUAUUUGGAAGGUCUGAAAACUGACCAAACUUAAUAAACAAGCCUACGCUAGCAUUCUAUGAUUCUCAGCUAUCCCACAGUGAUAUACUAUAUUUGAUAAUUGCAUAAGAAGGGCCCACUGUUUGGGGUUUUGAUAUUGUCAAACAUUGAUUUAUAUUAUGUGUAAAAUGCUAUUCAAAUUACAUUAACUCUGUAUCUAGACUUGUAUCUGAAGAUAUUUGCUAAACGAGUAUUCAGGUAAGUAAAUUGAAGUACCCACAAUUUUUCCAGUUAUUAGAGAAAUUUAACAGUUUAUAGUUUGUACAACUGAAUCUGAAAAAUGAGAAGUUGCUUAUCUUACAGUCAUGAAUUCUGCUAUCACUCUGCUAUUUUAUUGCAUUUAAAAUAUUUUCCCCAAUACAAAAAGAAAUAGAACUUACAGAUUUAUAUAAAAUUUCUUCAGAUCUGAAGGCUACUAGCAGAACAUACAGCAGGCUUGAUUAGAGUAGAAAAUCCUUGUGUGUCAUUUAAAAACUGAGAGCUAGUGAUGAAAACACUUUUUUUUUUGUAACAGUUCUUUUUUUCUUCCCCAAAGUUUGGAGCCUGUGUGUGUCUAUCCAUGAACACUUACCUUUGGAACUUUGUAUUUUCCCGUUGUUAGGUACAAAUAACAGACUCCAAGAGUCUCAUGGUAAGAUCAAUGUCCUCUUUUUCCUCCUGUCCAUUUGUCACAAUGUUGGGUUAGAUCAAAGCCAGAACUUCCUUCUGAUUUAGGCCAAACCUAGUUGCAUUUCUAAUGUGACAGGGAAAAAGAUGUUACCUUUUAGAAUCUUUAGAUAUUGUGUUUGAACAGAGCCCUUUGACAGAUGCAAAUAAUUAAUUGAAUACUUCAAUUUCUGCUUCACAAAACACUCAGGCAUGUGCUUAGGUCGCACUGAUUUCAGCAGGAUUAACGCAUGCACUUUUUGACAGGCUUAAAUGGUUGGAAGCUGGUCUUUAAAGGUUGUCUUCCAAGGCAAUUACAAGUCAGUAUGAAGAAAAACUUCAGAAAGAAAUGCCAGUAGCAUUGGCAUACAGACAUGGAGAGUAAUACUAGUUUUCAAUGACUAGUAGCUAUUUUAAAGAAUUAGUGUUGGGUUUUACUCAACACAGGUGAUGUUUCUGUUAUGGCUUUUGCUUGUUCCUGGCUGAGGAUCUUGCUGCUUAGUUCAAAUGCUGUUAAUGAUCUGCUCCAACUGGAGUGGCAAUUUCUAAAGAACUUGUUUUCUUCUAACUUCUCUGCUUUGCCACUAAUGUGCCACUAAGGAGCAUAGUAAAUGACUAAUGAAAGAUCUAAUUGGGAAAGCUUUGCAUAGCACACAUGUCUCAAAGGCCAUUGUCAAAUCCAGUUUGACCCCAAAACAUUUAAAAAGGCAGAUAUGAUGUACAAAUUCAUGCUCCUUUGGAAACAUUCAUCAUACUGCUCCUGCAAAGGAUACCCAAGAUGACUAGAACCGAGAGACAGAUUCUGUAUUUUUCCUCUUUAGUUGUUUUUGAUUUAACUCCAUAAGUGCUUCAUCACCCCCACAGUUUCCGUUAUGUAUAAGGUUAUAUCUGUUGGUUUGUUUGGGGUUUUUAUUCAGCUGCCCUUGUUUGUAUUUCAUAGCCGUUAAUCCUUGUACUUCUAGCCUGUAGGCAGAGGAAUAGUCUACUUCUCAGUGUGUACAGGCCUAUGGACAAGCACGUGCUUUUCCACAUCAACCUGUGCUGGAGGCCAUUUCUCACUAUCUCCCUUCGCUCCCUGACCAGUUGUUGCUGCCUCAGAUCUACCAGCAGAGCUUUCCCUGGCUUGCUUGGAGGUAGUCUAGGAAGCAGCUCAGCCAGCAGAUUUGUUGGGGUAGCAAGUAGCCAGCAGUGAAGCGAAGGGUAAGCCAAAAUGGGCAAAAAAAUUCUGUGGUUUGGACAUAAUGUGGCAGUGGGCGUUUGCCUACACUUCAGAACUAUGAGAACCAAGAUCUUAAAAAGCGAGAGGGUAUUAAAACGAUUUAAUAUCCACACAACUGGCUGGAAGAGGGUUUGGGAAUAUGUAGUUUAUAUGCCACUUGGAACUCAGUUGGAAGCAACCAGGCGUCAGGGUUUACAAACUUCUCAAAGUUUAUUUUUCAGAAAGAAACUGGUAUUUGGUUAGCAUUUUUUAUUCCCCCCACCUUACGUGCAGCCAAAGUUUUAUCCUUCUGAAACAUUUGCAACCUUGUCUUCAGCUAGUUUACCCAUACCUGGAAAGUGAAGUUGACAGAAUUCACUGUGAAAAGGGGAAUAUGGACUAGUUUUACUGUCAAAUUAGAAACAUAAAAAUAUAGGGAUGUGUAUUCCUAAAAUCUAAAAGGCUUUACCAAUGUAAUCAAAGUUAUUGCGUAACAUAUGGAACUCAAACCUUGUCUUUUAAUUCAGUGAGAAUUCUGUAGUGGGCAUGAACUGCACAGAAGUGCUUGCUCUUUUCACAGUUUUAAAAAAAUAAAUAGUGUCCUUCCUUUUUUGUUGUGUAAGAAAGAUUGCUGGUUUAAGCAAAGCAUCACUAUUCAGGAAAGGUACGUGUUUACAUUAGUGAAAAAGUCUUUAUAGGGGAUCUAACUUUAAACCUAUGUAUAACUCCGUCCCCUUAAAGCCAUGUUCAUAUGCAAUAGAACUAAUCCGUUUUUAAAAUCAAUAUUCUACUUCUGCAGUUAGGAUUAUUGAAGCUUUUACAUUUUUUCAAUGUAAUCUAGAUUAUUAAUCCAGAACAGGGUUCUGAGUCCAAUUUUUCCAAGAUUUCUGUAGCAGGCAAGGCAAUUUCCUAUUGUUCUUUACCUUUAGAAAUACUGCAUUUUAGUAAAUCAAUUCCAAAUUGAUUGGGAUAUUUUUUUAAAUGACUGUUCCAAAGAAAUAAUCAUGUUGGAAAACAUUUAGACUCGACAGGCCUGGCUCUGGCUCUGCAGAGAGUUUCCUAGACCUGGGUAUUGGGUCAAAGUGGAGUCCUGCUGACAUCAUGGAAGCUCCAUAAGGGUGCGUGUCGGGCUGCAUUUACCUGCAAGCGAGUAGUUUCCUUGUUCUGGUCCCUGAUCAGAGCUAUUAGGAACCUUUUGGAGAGCCCUCCAACUUCAUCUUGCUUGGAUAGCUAGGUUUUCUUCCAGUAGAAACCACGGUAUGGACAGAGGGCUUAAAAUUGCAGGAACUCAUGCUGACCUGGGUGCACCACGUAUCAUUUUGAUGUUCAAAAUAUGGCCAGAAGGCAGACCUACACUGAGGAACUAGACUUCCCGGUUCCUGUGCUUUUAAAAAUGAGGUUUAUGGAUAUUCUAGUGGAGUAGGGCCACAAAGACUUAAUGCAUGAAUAAUAUAUCUAUUUGUUUCUCUAAUCACAUGGAAAAAAAUUAGAAGGCAGUUCAGCUUCCUGGCUUUAUGAACUUGACAGCCCAAAGGAUGAAACAAAGCCUUUCCAAGGGAUGAGAGUUUCAUCAAACCAUUAGACUUGUAGCACUUUGAACAAUCAAACAAAAACUCAAAACACCCUGGUAUUUUGAAAAAUUGGAACACAUGCAUUUAACUAAAGUUGAUUUAUUUUCCGAAGCUGAGUCGUCUUG